GGAUACUGUUAUGUUAGGUAUGUGGCUAGUUCUGUCUAUCAGGCACGGCCUGUCAGCGGAUCCCAAUCCAGAGGCUUCCUCGGCUGUGUCAGCUUAUUUUCAACUGAACUCUCACUUGUCGACACUGGCUAGCAUUCAUAAGAUUUAUCACACCCUGCACAGGCUGAACCUAACGGAGGACGUUGGGCCGGACUCUCAUAGCACAGCCUGCUGCUCCAGACCCAUGCCACCCAGGAAAAAGAGGAGACCCACCACAGGUGACGACCUGUCAGCCAAAAAGAGUCGACAGGACAGUGUUUUCAGGAAACACGAGUCGUCGCGUAUCCAGGAGGAGGAGGCUUUCUCCAGUAAGCGGUGUCUGGAGUGGUUCUACGAGUACGCAGGAUGUGAUGAUGUAGUAGGACCGGAGGGGAUGGAGAAGUUCUGUGAAGACAUCGGAGUGGAGCCAGAAAACGUGGUGAUGCUGGUCCUGGCCUGGAAGCUGGACGCCCAGAGCAUGGGCUACUUCACCUUACAGGAGUGGCUCAAGGGCAUGGGCUCCUUGCAGUGUGACUCCACAGAGAAACUGCGUCGGUCCCUCGACUACCUGAGGUCUGUCCUUAACGACCCCACCAACUUCAAGCUCAUCUACCGAUACGCCUUUGACUUUGCACGGGAGAAGGACCAGAGGAGUUUAGAUCUGAACACAGCCAAGUGCAUGCUGGGACUUCUGUUGGGAAAGACAUGGCCACUGUUUCCUGUGUUCAACCAGUUCUUAGAGCAAUCCAAGUACAAAGUUAUAAAUAAAGACCAGUGGUGUAAUGUCUUGGAGUUCAGCCGGACGAUCAAUCUGGAUCUUAGCAACUAUGAUGAAGACGGUGCAUGGCCGGUGCUACUGGACGAGUUUGUGGAGUGGUACAAAGACAGGGACAUGUCAUAGUGGCAGCCCUCCUGCCUUGUCCUGCUCUUCAACCACUUACAGACCCCCACAGCAAAACAAACACGGAAUGGCAAAAAAAAGACACCGGCGACAACGAUCGACAACAACAGCUUGGAUUUUUUUUUCACAACAUCAAAAACAAACUCACUGACAAACCGAACUGAAGGGUUCAGGUGUGGGUGGUGAUGGAAGCUCCCCCCCUCCCCAGCACAGAGCUGACGGGGGAGGGAUGGGGGAGGGAUGGGGUGGUGAGUGGGGUCCACUGGCACUCUCACUGCAUGCUGCCCCCUCCUGGCAGA